AUGGUGGCUGCAACAGCAAAGCCCAAUGCCCAGGAGUAUGCAAACCAGGGGGCCAGACUGCGUCGGGGCACCGGGAAACUUGCGUUCAUCAACUGGACCCUGGACAAGUUUUUGCUAUCAACGUUUGCGGAAAUGAGGACGGCAUACCCCUUCGACCAUCGAAAAAGCCCCCAUUCGAGGCGCACAGAGGGUGGCUGCCCGAGAACUAUAAACCACAUCACAUCGCUCCGCGACGGAUCAUUUCAAAAUGGGCUGACUUGGCUGCCUUUUCUUACAAAAUCGCUCAUCGUGUUAAGUGCGGUGCAUCUCAUCCUGCUUACCGUUCACCGCCCCCAGCCUCACCGUUUGCCUGAGAUAUCAAUCUUCGUUCUCUUCAUCUGCGUCAAUGCUGUUGUCAUUGGCAUUGGUCUAUCAGGCUUAAGACGCGGGGAUGAUUCGGCAGACCAAAAUCCAGGCUGGACCUCUUACGAACGCCCUGCUGCAUCGAUUAUUUCUAGGAUAUGGUUUUCCGUCCCCGGCGGUAAAGCUCGGGUUGAUCUUAUGGUCUCGGUCGUCUACGAGGCGUCGGUGAAAGGUACAGCUGUGGUCGUGUCUAUCGACUACACGGUACUUGUGAUUGCCGGUCUGCUUUUUUGGCGCGGAAUUCGCGGUAUACCAUCUCAGGGCCCCGUAAUCCGUGAAGUUACAAUCCAUGCACUUCUUGUUCUCGUAACAGCAGGGUUUGCCGCAGGUGAACUCGUCCACGACUGGCCCUUCUGGAUCGAAGUGAUGUUGAUUAUCACUCUUGUUGAGUACGCAGUUACUUUAGGCACGGCAGCAAGCAAAGUGAUUCUGGUUUUGAGAGCGAUGCGAGAAAAUGCAGAACCCAACAAAAGAACCGACAGAUCUCAAGAUCGAGAUGACGACCAAACCACGGCCCAUGUUCCACAGACCGAAAUAGGGAGGAAAAGGCGAACCGAAGUUCGCCAACGUCUGAGGCUCUACUGCUGUACAAACAACCAAACGCGCGCAGUCCCGGCGACGCUUAGCCAAGCUAUCGAGAUCGAUGAAGACCCGGAAACAGAAACAGACUCUGUGCUCGAGAUGUUGCCUUAUUCUAAACUGAAGCAGAAGUGGAGAGAGCAACAACAAAAACGGCAGACCUGGGUUAAUCGAGCCAUCAAGUGCUGCAGCUGCGAAGUAACUGGCUCGGCGGUCAACAAAUGCGCAUGUGAGCAUGAAUUUUGUCUUGUGGAGGUGGAGCCCAAUUCCCUCGGCGUGAGACAGUCAACCACAUGUUCAACCCACCAGCGAAGAUAUCGCGAUAGAAAUUUCACUGGUUGUUUGACCUGCAAGGCAAGGCAUGUCAAAUGUGAUGAAGCAGCACCUGCCUGUCGCAACUGCAUAAAAAGGGGUUUGCACUGCGAUGGCGCCCAGAAUGAAAUACUCUUCAAAUUCUUCGACCCCAGCCAGGCGUCGUCCGGUUUUGUAAAGAGACAGCAUAAAGCUUUUAGAAGGGAAACGGCCAAAAACCACGGUGUCUCCAGCUCACACCCAUUGCCAUAUAAGGACCCAACUUCCCCCUGUCUACGUUCCGUGGAUUUACAAAGUGAGAUCCACGCUUCCACAGAAUCUCUUGCCAUGGACAACCCCACCACUGGUGACGGCAAGCCCCCGUUUCAAUCUACUCCCAAUGAUGAGGCUCGCGAUCUCCAGUCCCAUUCAUCCAGCUAUAACCCGUACUCGAUUGAUGAAGCUAAUUGCUACUCAGACUAUUCUGAUAUCGUUGGUGAUAUAUGUCGCGGCGAUGAAAAUGCACCCUUGGCUUUCAUUGUUUUCAUCUCAGAGCCUGUACUUCAAGAGCGGCUGGAGUAUCUGAAGGCUCAUACUUCAGAGCUGCACAAGCAACGCAGUGUUUUUCGCACAUUCUCCGAGCUUAGAGUUGAUGGACCUCUGGCAUUACCAUACGCGCUCUGUCUGGUAAAGACUCUCCGACAACACGCAGGGCAGCAAUUGUUGAUGAACAGAUUGAAUGAUACCAUCCUCUUCCUCUCCACACGAUUGAGAGGGCUGCUGUCAACACAUCUGUUAUAUACUCAUCGAGAUCGCAUAAGUCGUGCAUCACUUCUACUUCAACGACCGGUGUUCUACAAGCGUUCAGACUUGCCAGGAAAUAUCUGGCAAGAGAGCACUGUUUUGGAUUUCAGCCUGGAUGGCCUAACUGUGACAUUGCACCUUAGUAAUUAUCGCGUUCUCAAAGUGUCUGAUGAGCUUUGGAAGGGGUUCAACUCCUUGGCUUCGGGUAUUGCUGAUCCGGCCGUGAUGUUUGGCGUUGGCUAA